AAAAAAACAAAUUUUCAAUUUACCUUUGAUUUAGGUUAAAAAAUGGGGAGGGUAAUCUAGUUAAUUUACACCCCGUAUAGGACAUCCCCUAACCAACUAGAAGGACAUUAAUAUCACACUGCCGUCCCUCUAAUAAACCAUGCCGCCCCUAUAGUAAGUUACUAAUUCUGUGUCAUUUUCACUAAAUUCUGGUUCAGGUUUCCUAAUUUUGUUCCAUAAACGUUGAAUUACACAGAAACCCACUCAUUUAAACACUUUUUUCUCUGGUGUUCCUUGGUUUCUUCGGUAAGUUUGUGGUUGAAAGCUGAUUCUCAAAGCUAGUUGGCCGCAUUGACUUCAAUAUUGCUAUGGGUUAUCGAAAUUUGGAACUGAAAUCCACAAAACCUCGUUUCUUCCGAAAUCUGACGCAGUUUUUCCUGUGAAUAUUAUGAAUGAGGGGAGAUAUAUUUCAGGGGUCCUAGCCCACUAAUACCAUGGCAUGGAUCAAGCAUAGCCAAGUCUUUCUUACCAGACUAGGCUAGAUCCGUGAAUAACAUGAGAUCCUAAAUGACUAAAGAUUUUUCCAUUGCUAGGUGUGGCCAGGCAAUUUUUACUGACCUUUGUUCAAUUCUUUUUCCAUGUGUGGUAAGAAUUCGACGUAUAUAAACUGCAUUCAUAAUUCAAUUUUCAAAUUGACAUUUUAAGGUAAAGGACUCCCGCCAUCACCUGCAUGAUUGCCAAACAAUACAGUUAACAUGCAUAUAAUAACAAAUCGGAUGUUUUAAAAGUGCACGCUAACUGUGCACUCAAAAUACGUGAUAGCACUAGUAUAUCUGUAUGUAUAAGCAAUAUAAUCAACCAACAAAGGUGAUAAAAUAUGUGAAACAGAAGAAAAAAAUUCAGAUGGAGAGACAUUCUUUACUUUUACUAUCAGUACUAUUUUUCAGUUUUUCAUUAGGAAUUACAUCAAUUGAUCCUGGAAAAUUUCUUCAAUGCCUUAAACUCCAGUCUAAGACAGGUUUCAUACCAGUUUAUACCUCGACGAGUUCAAGAUUUUCAUCAAUAUGGCAGUCAACUGUGCACAACAUUAGAUUCAUAACAUCUGCCACUCUAAAACCCGAGUUUAUAAUUCUUCCUUCAAAUGAAUCACAUGUUCAAGCAUCUGUCAUUUGUUCUAAACAACAUGGAAUUCUGAUGAAAAUUCGGAGUGGCGGCCAUGACUAUGAAGGCUUAUCUUCUAUAUCUGAUGUUCCAUUUCUGAUUCUUGAUCUGUCUAAUCUCCGCGCAAUUAGCGUUGAUGCUGAAAAUAAAACUGCUUGGGUUCAAUCUGGUGCGCUUCUGGGCGAACUUUAUUACAGAAUUGCAGAGAAAAGCAAAACUCUUGCGUUUCCUGCAGGGGUUUGUCCUACUGUAGGUGCUGGGGGAUCGUUUAGUGGAGGUGGGUAUGGUACUUUGCUAAGGAAAUAUGGACUUGCAGCUGAUAGUGUCAUUGAUGCUCAAAUAGUCGACGUCAACGGGAGAAUCCUCGACAGGGUAUCCAUGGGAGAAGACUUGUUCUGGGCCAUAAGAGGAGGUGCUCCUGGGAGCUUUGGCGUCGUUCUUUCCUGGAAAAUCAGAUUGGUUGACGUUCCACCGACUGUAACUGUUUUUAGAAUAGAGAAAAUGUUGAGAGAUAAUCCGGGUUUCACUUCACUAGUACAUAGGUGGCAAGAAGUUGCACGUAAUCUUCCUCAAGAGCUCUUAAUUAGAGCUGCCAUAGCUCCAGUGGGCACCGAAGAACGUAGAACAAUUAAAGCUUCAUUCAUCUCUUUGUUUCUUGGUGAUUCUAAAAAGCUCUCAACUGUGAUGAAACAGGGAUUUCCUGAGCUGGGUUUAGAGAGUAAAGAUUGUACCGAAAUGAGUUGGAUUCGCUCUGUACUCUGGUACGCUGGAAUGCCAGACAACGGAACUUUAAAUGAUCUGUUGAACAGGACUCAAUCAAAGAGGUUUGCUAAGGGAAAGUCUGAUUAUGUGAAGACACCCAUUCCGGUAGUCGGAUUGGAAGGGGCAUGGAAACUACUAAUGAAAGAAGUUCGACCUGUAAUGACAAUGCAUCCUUUUGGUGGAAGGAUGGAUGAGAUUGCUGAGACUGAGAUCCCUUAUCCACAUAGAAAUGGAACUUUGUUUCAAAUCCAAUACCUGACAAUAUGGACAGAGCAAGGGUCGGAAGAAUCUGAAAGGCAUAUAAACUGGAUGAGAAAGUAUUACGAGUAUAUGGCUACUUAUGUUUCGAAGGCGCCGAGGGAAGCAUACAUCGGUUAUAGAGAUAUUGAUUUGGGUGUGUCGAAAAAUGGAACAGCAAAUUCCUUGCAAGGUAGUGCAUGGGGAAGUAAAUAUUUCAAGAGCAACUACAAAAGAUUAGUUCAAGUUAAAAGGAAAGUUGAUCCAGAGAACUUCUUCAGAAACGAACAAAGCAUUCCAAGUAAUUGACUAUUAUGAGUAAAGAAAAUAGCACAAUAGUUGGUCCCUUCCACAACAAAAGUUACCCAGCCAGUGCUCCGUAAAUCAACAGAUUUAGUACAGUAAAGUACCUGAUCCACCAUCACCCACUUUCACUAUGCCCCUUGCUGGUGAUGUGGUCACCGUUUGUAACAGAAAGCCUGUCUUUGUUGAGCUUCUUCCCGUGCAGUGGGAGUGGCCUUCCAGUAAUGACAUCUUCAUCUGAGACCCUUGUCCCUUAAUUCAGAAAAGAAAAGCUUUAUUCA